AUGCAAACAGACAAAACACUACCUUUUCACAUUCGCAAUCGAUAUCAAAUUUACGAUCAAAAAGAAUGCAGUAAAACUCCGUAUGCAUUUGACUCUCAUGAUGAAUCAAAACGACACAGUGUGAACAAACUCACAAUUGCAAUCCGAAAGCUUAUUUACGUCGCAAAUGAAGAUAUUCUUGUUCUUGGUAUACUUUAUGUUUAUUUCGAUGAAUACAAGCAUGAAAAUAAUCUGCUAUAA